AUGUCGUCUGUAGCUGUUGUGAAUGGUCAGCCUCGUGAUCCAUCAACGGCUACUUCCAAAGAAAACAGCCAAACGCCAGGUCCUCAACCACCCAUCACUCCACAAAGUCAAACUGGGCCAACAGUGACCAUCGCGCAGACAUCUCAAGCACAAACUAGCAAUCCACCUGCUCCUCAAACCAAUUCACUUUCGCACAGGGAUACCAGAAGGAGUGAAAUAUAUCGAUACUCUGGUCCAAAGCCCCUGUUCGCUGCCGCCUGGGCAAAUAAAAACGACAGAAGAUUUCGCCUGGCGGUUGGUAGUAUCGUAGAGCGUGAACAAGGCAAUAGUGUAACUCUUAUUGAAUUAGAUGAAGCUCUCGGUUCAUUAGUUGAAAGAGGCAGUUUCGGUCACGAAUUUCCUCCGAAUCAAAUUGGAUUCAUACCUGACUUGGAAAAUAGAUUUCCUGAUUUGCUAGCUACAAGCGCAGAUUUCCUCCGGUUAUGGAGGAUUCAUCCGAACAAUUCGGUUACUGAAGAAGCCGUUUUAAGCAGUAAUAAGUCCUCACAAUUCACUGCUCCUCUCACCAAUUUCGACUGGAAUGAGGUCGAGCCAAGACUGAUUGGUACAUCAAGUAUAGACACCACUUGUACAAUCUACGAUGUUGAGGCACAACAAGCGGUUGGUUUAAUCCGUCCGAUUUCAUUUAGUGUGAAAACACAGCUGAUUGCUCACGAUAAACCUGUGCACGAUAUAGCAUUCAGUCGGAUUUUCAAUGGCAAGGAUAACUUCGCAACAGUCGGUGCUGAUGGAAGUGCUCGAAUGUUUGACCUACGUCAUUUGGAGCAUUCAACUAUAGUUUACGAGGAUCCACUGAAGUUACCAUUGAUGAGAGUGGCGUGGAAUAAACAGGAGCAUUAUCACCUUGCUACCUUUGCUCAGGAUUCAACCGAGGCUCGUUGUGUGAUCAUAAUUGACAUUCGGAUGCCUUGCAGUCCACUAGCACGGCUCAAGAAUCAUAAUGGAGCAGUUAACGGACUUGCCUGGGCUCCACAUAGCGCCCACCACAUUUGUACAGCUAGCGACGACGCACAGGCAUUGAUUUGGGAUCUUCAAAACAUGCCUCGACCAGUGGAAGAUCCAAUUUUGGCUUACUCUGCAGGCGGAGAGGUCAAUCAGGUCCACUGGGGUCCAGCACACAACAAUUGGAUUUGCAUUUGUUUUAACAAGUCGUUGGAGAUUCUUCGAGUUGAUUAG